GUAUGGAAGGGAUGAAAACUGUAAUCUAUAUUAAAAUGGAGGAUAAAAGUCAGGUUGUGGAACCGAAGGCUGAAAAAGGGGAGAUUCUCGAUAAGGAUGCAAAGUCCGAAAGCUCGAAAAGACGAAAUCGUAGAAAGAAGAACCAGGCUGCAAAUGCCGCGGGGAACGAGCAGAAUAAUGUCAGUGAAUCAGAGGACUCUAAGAUCGCUAGUAGCUGCAACAUCUCCAUCAAGGACAUUCAGAUGGCAAUGGAAGUGUUCAACAUGCAGCAAAAACCAGCCAAGACCCAGGAAGAAGCUUUACAAAAGCCGUACCAAUUCUGGAGUACUCAACCCGUGCCGAAAAUGGAUGAAAAAAUCGUUUGCAAUGAACCAAUAGAAGCCGAUAAAACCUACAUUAGAGCAGAGCCGUAUUCUUUGCCAGCUGCUUUUCAGUGGGAUACUCUAUCUCUUGAUGAUCCGCUAGUUCUAACUGAAUUAUAUUCUUUGCUAUCUGAAAAUUACGUCGAAGAUGAUGAUGCGAUGUUUAGGUUCGACUAUCCUCCUAAUUUCAUUAAGUGGGCGUUACAGCCACCUGGAUGGCGAAAAGAGUGGCACUGCGGUGUUCGUGUUAGUAAAAGUGGCCGUCUAGUCGGUUUCAUAUCAGCCGUUCCGGCGACUCUUCGCGUCUACAAUCACUGUCAACGAAUGGUGGAAAUCAACUUCUUGUGCGUCCACAAAAGACUCAGGUCGAAGAGGGUAGCACCGGUUCUAAUUCGUGAAAUUACGCGGAGAGUCAAUCUCCAGGGUAUUUUCCAAGCCGUCUAUACAGCUGGUGUUGUUUUACCAAAACCAGUUAGUACUUGCAGGUACUGGCAUCGAUCCCUCAAUCCAAAAAAGUUGAUAGAAGUCAAGUUCUCUCACUUGUCUCGGAAUAUGACGAUGCAGCGUACUCUGAAACUGUAUAAAUUACCAGAUACCACAAAAGUAACUGGAUUCAGAAAAAUGCUGUACACAGAUGUAGCUCAGGCCCAUGAAUUAUUAGGUCGCUACCUUCAAAAGUUUGACCUGGCGCCGGUUUUCUCAGUGGAGGAAUUUCAGCAUUGGUUCCUACCACAGAACGACAUUGUGGAUAGUUUUGUUGUCGAAAAUGAUGGAAAGGUAACGGAUAUGGUCAGCUAUUACACUCUCCCGAGUACAGUGAUGCACCAUCAGCACCAUAAGAUACUAAAGGCCGCCUACAGCUUUUACAAUGUAUCCACAGUCACGCCCUGGCUGGAACUUAUCACCGAUGCUUUGAUUUCCGCACGCAAUCUUGGGUUUGACGUAUUCAAUGCCCUUGAUCUCAUGGACAACAAAGAGUUCUUGGAGCCGUUGAAAUUUGGAAUUGGGGAUGGAAAUUUGCAGUACUACUUGUAUAAUUGGCGUUGUCCAAGUAUGCCUCCUGGGAAAAUUGGCCUGGUUCUUCAGUAAAGGGAGAAAAUAGAGCGUUGGAGGUUUACCAAAUUUUGUACGGAUAUAUAUAAAGUUACAUCGGAUCCAGUUAGUCGACGUUGAGGUGGUCGGGCGUACGUAAUCAUCUGAAAUCGUUGAAAGUGUAGCGGAGAUGCAUAACGAGAAUAUUUAUGUUUGUUCAUAGCGAACUGUGAACGGCAGAAGUUAUACAGCAAUGUUUUGCUAACGUUGUCAACAUUUUUUACUAUCAAAUUACAAAUAUUUUUCGCAAGUGAUUUAAGAAAAUAUGUUUUCUUACGCGAUAGUGUAAUGGAUUUAUGUGUCUAGAAAGCGGUCCCUUGAUUAUUUUGGAUGUGUCUAACUAUAAUCACCGCCGACUAAAUAAAUCUAGUUUUUUAAUUUAGAAAAAAAAGGCGUAAUCAAUACGUGAUGACAGCUAUAAUGGAGAAAGAGAGAUAUCUCAUUUUGCAUAAUAAUUGAUUAUUAGACAAUGUAGAUAAAUACCAUAAUUAAUACAAAAUAAUUAAUAACCUUCGCAAAAUUCGUCGUACAACCUUCUUUGCUCAGUCAGUAAAACGUCCAAGAUCCGAAUGAUACAACAAUGUAAUAAUUUAUUGUUCCUAGGAAUGUGGACGUAUUAUUACAAAAUGAGGAUAAAUAAAACGUUUUAAAAAAUUA